AUGGAGGUAGAACACGAAGAAAUGAAGUCUCUAGGGGCAUUUGGCAUCUACAGAAAAGCCUACAAGAUCAUCCUCCCAUGGAGGAAGAUAUUCACCCAAAUCAUCCUUGCCUAUAUCCUCCCACUAUUCUUCAUUUCCUUGGUCAACACCCAUUUAUCCAACUCUCUCCUCCCCAAAAUCGUUGAUCAGGAUAAAAAGGAUUUGGCUGAAACUCAAGUCCCCACUUCCAACCACACCAACAUAUUUGAUCUUCUCUCGUUCCCAUCCGCCUCCUAUUGGCUUCUCCAGGUUGCAUACACCAUCUACUCUUUCAUCUUCUCCCUCCUAUCCACGUCCGCCAUAGUUUACACCAUGGCCUGCAUCUACUCCGGUAGAGAAGUGACUUUUAGGAUGGUUACGAGCGUAGUGCCAAAUGUCUUGAAGAGACUCAUGCUCACAUCCUUCACCAUCUUUCUGGUUGUCUGUACUUACCACGUGGUUGCCUUUCUGGUCUUCGCUUUAGCGGCAGUGUUGAUUGCAUUUGGCCCAAAUACUAAUGUGGGAAUGUCGAUUUUGCUGGUUGUGGUGGUGUUAUACUUGAUGGGUCUUCUUUACAUAAGCGUAGUUUGGCAAUUGGCUAGCACAAUAUCAGUGUUGGAGGACUCAUAUGGGUUUCAAGCCAUGAAAAGGAGUAACCAACUGAUUAAAGGCAAGGUGGGUGUGUCAACCCUCAUCUUCUUGAAGCUGGGUUUACUCCAUUACGUGUUACAGAAGGCAUUGGAGAGGGUGGUGGUGAACGGAGAGUCACUGGGCAUGGUGAAUAGGGUGGCUUAUGCAAAUGUGUGCUUAUCGUUAUUUUUGUUGUUGGGUCUCUUUGAACGUGUCAUUCAGACUAUUAUCUACUUCGUUUGCAAAUCCUACCACCACGAACACGUUGACAAGUUGGCUCUAUCGGAUCAUCUCCAAGUUUACACCCAAGAGUAUUCCCUUCCUUUAAAGGGCGACAAUCUUGAUGAGUUAAAGCAGUUGUGUUUGGUGAUCCUUUUAUGUAUAGACAUGGUGGACCUGGCAAUGGCCAAGUACAUAGAUCAACAAGAGUUUUGA